UCCCGGCUACAAUUCCACCGGAUUUUUAACACUCCUACCCGGCCUAAAUCAGGACGAGACCACGCUAAAGGUAAAGAACAAGCUCCAAGGAUCCGGGAGAGUCUAGGUUAGGCGGAGAAAGAUCGUCCUUUCUUGUUUUUUUCAGCGCUGUCGUGUUAGAGGGAGCUUGCUCGGAACUGACUUCAUGCAUCAGUUGACUUGGUACACCAUGCUGAUACUGGAGUCUCCUACCAUAACAAACCUUGCCGAUCUACAAAGGACUCUAAGGGGGAAUCAAAAUGUCCAGUGAAAGACAAGGGCGGUCAGAUGAUGAGAGUCCAAGCACCAGCAGUGGUAGUUCUGAUGCGGACCAGCGAGACCCGGCGGUGCCGGAGCCCGAGAGAAAACAGCAGCCCGCCACACCCCCUCAGCAACAGAAGAAACCUACCAAAUUAUCCAGCAAGACUACCGCCAAGUUGUCCACUAGUGCUAAAAGAAUCCAGAAGGAGCUUGCUGAGAUCACUCUGGAUCCACCACCUAACUGCAGCGCGGGACCCAAGGGAGACAACAUCUAUGAAUGGAGAUCCACCAUCCUGGGACCACCAGGCUCGGUGUACGAGGGAGGGGUCUUCUUCCUAGAUAUCACCUUCUCAUCCGACUACCCCUUCAAGCCACCAAAGGUGACGUUCCGCACCAGGAUCUACCACUGUAACAUCAACAGCCAGGGGGUGAUCUGCCUGGAUAUCCUGAAAGACAACUGGAGCCCCGCCCUCACCAUCUCCAAGGUGCUGCUGUCCAUCUGCUCCCUGCUCACAGACUGCAACCCUGCGGACCCUCUGGUUGGUAGCAUUGCCACUCAGUACCUGACCAACAGAGCCGAGCAUGACAGGAUAGCCCGACAGUGGACCAAGAGAUACGCCACAUAGAGGUCACGACUCCCGACCCCGUCCUGUCUGACCCCCCGUUCCCCCAGCCCCUCUGCCUGCAGUGUGAAGGUCCCGGAGGCGACGUCACAUUGUGCAACAAAUCUUUAUAGCCUUUACAAUAUGGACUUCUGUGUAUCUGUCUGAUUACUGAUUCUACUCCUCCACAUUUGACCCUGCUAUGAGGACUGUGUCUGAAGAGAGACAGAGAGAUAAGCAGACCCCAGCAGGCAUUGUCUCACGUCAGAUAGCGCAGCUGCGUCUCUGUCUGCACUGGUAGUUCAUGGCAACACAGAGCGUUAGAAUGACGCCAUCUGUCGGAAGACAAUGCCCAAUAACAGGUAAAUGUAUAUUGGAGUAGAAUUUUGUAGCUGUAGAUUUUAGCUAUGUUUAAAUGCCUCUACUUGCAAGUCUUGCUUCUUUGGGAUAUUAAAAAAUAAAAUGUAUUUUGUGAUGUAAUAAAGGAAACUAUUCCUCAACCAAAUAUUAUGGUGCAUUUUAGCCUUGUCCAUUAUCUGUAUGAAGUUGAAGAAGAAACAACUAGCUGAUGUAGAUUAUUAGAGAAGAUGAUGUCAUUUAUAUGAAAGCCAGACACUCAUUUCCACUUAUGUAGUUACAUUAUACUGUUGUGACUGUUUUACCUUUGUCAAUUUGUAAUGAAAACGAGAUUUCAUUUAAACCUUUUUGUAGUGCAGCAAAAGAUGAGCCACCACUGUAACAUCCCCAAAACACAAUAAACUUGUCCCAAGGG